AUUUAUUAUGACACCUAAUAAAAACAUGUAAGUACGAAAUCUUAAGACAGUAAUUGUAACAAUAGUUUUGCCUUUUUGUAACUCCCUUUUUUUUUUGUUCACUCCUUUUUGUAACUCCCAACUCUACUUUCUGACACAAACAGCAUAUCAUAUCUUAACCCAAACCAAAGCCUAAAACCAAGUUUAUUUACUCAAACUCUCAGAACAACUAUUAGAGAGAAAAAAAGAAACAAGAGAUGCAGAGUUCUUGUCUCUACAAAGAAUGCAUGCGCAACCACGCGGCCAAGCUCGGCUCUUACGCCGUCGAUGGCUGCCGCGAGUACUCUCAACCAUCCACCGGAGAUCUCUGCGCCGCCUGUGGUUGCCACCGGAGCUACCACCGUCGCAUUGAAGUACAACCUUCUGGUCAAGUUACUCGCGCGCGGUUCCCUUUCACGAGCUUGAGGCGCGUGAAGCAGCUGGCGAGGCUGAAAUGGAAAGCAGCUGCGGAGGACAGAGAAGAGCAAGAAGAGCAGGAGGAGGAGGACACAGAGGAGACUUCUACGGAAGAGAGGAUGACGGUAAAGCGUCGGAGGAAGUCGAAAUUCACGGCGGAGCAAAGAGAGGCGAUGAGAGAUUACGCAGCGAAGCUGGGAUGGACGUUGAAGGAUAAGAGAGCGGUUAGAGAAGAGAUAAGUAUCUUCUGCGAAAGGAUUGGUGUUACUCGUUAUCUUUUCAAGACUUGGGUUAACAAUAACAAAAAGUUUUAUCACUAAUCAUUAACUAAAUCCUUAGUUAAAAGUAGCAUAAUUCUAGUUCCAUUUCAUUUUCACUCCUAAUGUUAUUCUUCUUGUCAUCCUUAAUGUUCUUCUUAUUUUUAAUGCAAUAAUCUUGUUACUAUUA